CAGAACGGGCAGAAGAUGCUCCCCUCCCUGCAGCCCCGUCUCUCUCCCUCUCCGGGGUGGAUUCUCCAGGCCUCAGGCAGGCAAUGGAAUGUUGUGUCGUUGGUUGCCCUGGAGACCGAGGCUGGCUGGGUGGCUGCCUUCCGGGAAUACUGAGCGUGCAAACCCUCCAUCAGAACCCUCCAGGGCCUCCUCUAGGCUAGUGCAAAACUCCAGCAAGCAAGCAAGCCUGGGGCAAUUGCCAGGAGAAUGGCAGUGCCCUGGGAGAAACAUUUCCGACUGGCGUUGCAAGAGAAACUGUCUACGAAGAUCCAGGGGCAGAAUGUGGACCACGUCCCACCGCCACUGCUGCGUCUCUUGGAGAAGAGGCAGGAACUGGUGGAUGCGGACCAGGGCCUUCGGGCCCAGAAGGAGGUGUUCCAGACUAUGAAGGCAUCCCUGAAACAGCGGUGGGAACAAUUGGAACAGAAAGAGCAGGAGUUAAAGGGGUCCUUUGAAAAGUUUUUGCAGGAUGCCGAGGCCCGGCGCAGCCGCGCACUGCGGAGGGCGGCCGAGGAGCGGCGACGGGCGGGCCGCCGGGAGGCGGAGGCGCUGCGGCUUCGGGCUCAGCUGGAGGAGCUGCAGCGGGAGCGCGCGCGGCUGCAGCGCCGCCUUUGGCGCCUCGAGCCCUGCGCGCGCCUGCUGGGGCAAGUACUGGGGCAGCUGCCCGAGUUCCAAGAGGUCCCCGAGCUGGUGGCGCGCUUCGACGGCCUGGCCGACACGCAGGCGGCGCUGAGGCUCACGGAGCGCCAGCGGCUCGCGGAGCUGGAGGAGGCGCGCGCGCGGCUGCAGCGGCUGCGGCAGGCCCGACAGGACGAGCUGCUGCGGCAGGGCCAGCGGCGAGCGCAACUGCUGGAGCAACUGGAGGCGGCGCGGGAGCGCACGCUGCACUGGGAAUCCAAGUGUAUUCAGAUCCAGAACACCGCGGCUGAGAAGGCCCUGCUCCUGGGACGCACCAGGAUGGCAGCACUCAACCUGUUCCAGCUCGUGUGCCAGCACCAGAGGCGGCCACCUGCCCUGGACAUCGAGGACACCAAGGGGCAGCUGGAGCAGGUGAAGCUCUUCAUUCUGGACCUCUCCGCCAUGCUGGCCAGCCUCCAUCAGGCCAAGCCCUCCGUCCCCGCCUCCUGACCCUGACCCAGGUGAGCAGUGGGGGAGGGGCCCCAGGAGGUGCACAAUUCCUGCGGGGUACAGGCUGAGUGGCUCUCACCAGAAAGACAGGAGGGCUGUGCCCGGUCAGAUUGCAGUGGGGUAGGCAGGAGGAGCACACAGCAAAUACUAAGUAAAUGUGGACUACGUGGAGGGCACCAAUCCCACAUCCACCACGUGACCUGGGACCUGGUCCUCCCACCCAGGGCAGAUGGGGGAUUUUUUUUAAAAAACAAAUUUAUUUAUUUAUUUAUUUCUGGCUGCGUUGGGCCUUUGUUGCUGCACAGGCUUUCUCUAGUUGUGGUGAGGGGUGGCUACUCUUUGUUGCCGUAUGCAGGCUUCUCAUUGCAGUGGCUUCUUUUGUUGCAGAACACGGGCUCUAGGUGCACAAGCUUCAGUAGUUGUGGCACGUGGGCUUCAGUAAUUGUGGCUCACGGGCUCUAGAGCACAGGCUCAGUAGUUGUGGCACAUGGGCUCAGUUGCUCCACGGCAUGUGGGAUCUUCCCGGACCAGGGACCAAACCCGUGUCCCCUGCAUUGGCAGGCGGAUUCUUAACCACUGAGCCACCAGGGAGGUCCCCAGUUGGGGGCACUUAAACAAGUUGAUGUUUGUCAGGUGCUUGGAAUGGGGCCUGGAGCAAAAUUUCGGGUAAAUUCUAGAUAAGUGUUUAGUAAGUAAAGUACAAUAAAGGAGGACCAGCAAGAGGGUCACACGACAGACACCCAUCCCCGGGUGCUUGCUCACGAAGACUCCUCCGUCGUGGACUGGCACUGAGUGACGGCCAUUCUGAGAAUCCAGCUACCGGAGGCUGCCCCUGACCUUCCCAGGACCCCCAGCAGGGGCUGAGGAGCACAGGGCUUAAAGCAGGACAGAGGCCAAGACAGGUUUUGACCUCUGGGUGUGUGGGGAUGGUGUGAACUCCUUCACAGCCGGGGAGCGCAACGCACCCUGUGCCCCCAGACUCUACGUGCUGUCUCCCUCCCACCGUCCAGUCCCAGCUGCAAGCCUGUCCUGGUGAGAGGAAGGGGACCGACUGCCAGCUUUGGGGCGUUCCCAUCUGAGCAACCGACCCAUCCUCUGAGCCUGACUUUCCUCAUCUGCAAACUGGAGAUUCCAGCAGAACCCACGCGGGGCUUUGCCCACACGCUCUUGGCUCAUCCGCACACUAGCUGGGAUUCUAGUACCCGGCUCUGUCCCUUCCAACUCAAUGUUCCUGGUCCACUGGAGGCGCUCAAUAAAGGUUUAUUACAUUAAAAAUACACCACUGGGCCUCAGGCACUCAGGGCUCACAGCCAUGGCCACUACCUCUGAAUCCAGAACA